AGCAUCGUCCAUCUUCUCUCCCUGCGUCGCACUUCAUUGCAUUCCAGCCUCCAUCUCUAACCGCAACCCAUGGCCGCCAUGAAAACCAUCGCCCUCCUUGCCGUGGUCUCGACCGCCGUCCUGGGCACUGCGUCAGCGGCGACCCACCGCGUCGGCGAGCCGGGCGGCGCGUGGGACCUCACCACCGACUACGGCGUCUGGGCGUCCUCCAACAAGUUCCACCCGGGCGACGAGCUCAUCUUCAGGCACCAGCCAGGGGCGCACAACGUGCUCGAGGUCAGCAAGGCCGACUACGACUCCUGCAAUGCCACCAGCCCCAUCACCACCUUGGGUGCCGGCUUUUUCACCUACGUCGCCCUCCCCGCCGUCGGCACCCGCUACUUCAUCUGUGGUAUCCCUGGCCACUGCACCACCACCGGCACCGGCGGCAUGAAGCUCAAGAUCGACGUCGUGCCAGGUUCCCCCUCGUCAUCGCCCGCCCCGGCCAUGCCGCCGCCCUCCUCCGCCGCGGCCUCUGCCAGGGCCACAAUAGGAUUUGGCCUUGUCGUCCUACUGGCGGCCGGUCUCAUGGCUUGAAAUACAUGCAUUCUUCAUUAGCUGAUGAUGCCUGGUGGAUUCAACCGAUGUAAAGACUGUAGCCUGUAGGUUUCCCUCCUAAAGAAAACAAAAAAAAAGUUGAGUUGCCGCAGACACAUACCAGCUUAUACUAUAUUGUUAACUGGUUAUUAUUGUUGAAUACAUACAUAUAAUGUUUUUUA